AUGGCUCAGCCUAAGAACAUCCUUAUUGUCGGUGGAACGGGAAUGAUCGGAGGAUACGCUGCCCUUCACCUUCAUUCUCGUGGCUACGCCGUUACGCUUGCUGGUCGCCACCCCGUAAAAGAUAUCCCGGUUCUCAAAGACCUCCCCUUCAUCAAAAUCGACUAUGUUUCUGGAGAGUACACGCCAGAAGUAUUCUCAAGCUUCGAUAGCAUCGUCUUCUCAGCUGGUGCCGAUGUACGACACGUCCCUCAAAACAGUUCUGCGGACGAGUAUUACCUACAAGCGUCCGAGGCUAUAGUGAGAUUUGCUCGAUCAGCCCGAGACGCCGGCGUUGCGAGAUUCGUGCACAUCGGCAGUUUCUAUCCGCACAUUGCACCUCAGCUGGUCGAUACAGUCCCCUACGUACGGUCACGAAAGCUUGCCGCUGACGGAAUCACUUCACUGGCAACGACUACAUUCCAUACAUGCAGUCUGGAUGCUCCAUUUGUCGUCGGGGUUGUGCCAGGCAUGAAAGUCCCAAUGUUUGUGGCCUAUACUCAGUUUGCGGAACGCAAGCUUGGUAUCCCUCCAUCAGCACCUACUGGAAACACAAACUUCGUUUCGGUCGAAUCUUUGGCCAUAGCAAUCACCGCCGCACUGGAACAGAGUGAGUCUGUGUCUGGUAGAUCGAUCCUCAUUGGGGGCGAGAACCUUACGUUCUCGGAAUAUUUUGGUCUGUUCUUCUCUGCCGUUGGCAACCAUACAGCAGUACCUGCCUCAGAUCAGGAGCAUCCUCUGAUGCCAGAUUCGUCUCUUUGGGCUGGGCGUAGUAUCGAAGCUUACGAACCAGACGCUCCAGAUGAAGCUCUGCUUGGUCACUAUCGUCGCGAAAACAUCCGAGAUACUGUUCAGCGGAUAGUGAAGGAAUACCGGUCAUUGUAG